AUCGCAAGGUGGCAACACCGACCGGAGAAAGAGAAAGAAAAGCGGAAUAGGUGCGAAAAAUUUUUAGCUGGUCGGAAAUUCCACAAAUCCGUAAAAUACUCCAGAAAUAUCCGUAAGGAGGCAGCCGCCGGCCAUUGGCACCGAUAGAUGCGUGCGCUCCACCAGCAGCACAACACCAAAUCCGCAGAAGCCUGAAGAGCCAGAAGUUUUCGCCCAAAACCCAAUCAGAACCUCCGCGGAAGACAUGUUGACGCACAAAACUUGUCAGGCCCGUAAGAAAAUGCAGGUUUCCUUCGUGAUACGAGACGCCGAGGAGAAACAGCACCGGAAUGGCGUCAAUGCCCUGCAGUUGGAUGCGAAUAACGGAAAACUGUAUUCUGCCGGACGAGACGCCAUAAUCCGGGUAUGGAACACCCGCACCGAGUCCAAUGACAAGUACAUACAGUCCAUGGAGCAUCACAACGACUGGGUCAACGACAUAGUCCUCUGUUGCAAUGGCAGGAAUCUUAUCAGCGCCAGUUGUGAUACCACGGUCAAGGUGUGGAAUGCCCAAAAGGGAUUCUGCAUGUCCACCCUCCGUACGCACCGUGACUAUGUCCAGGCUCUGGCCUAUGCUAAGGAUCGGGAACAGGUGGCCAGUGCCGGACUGGAUAAGGCCAUCUUCCUGUGGGACGUGAACACAUUAACAGCUCUCACUGCCAGCAACAAUACGGUGACCACCUCUAGUCUGACCGGGUCCAAGGACUCGAUCUACAGCCUCGCCAUGAACCCAUCUGGCACUGUAAUCGUCAGCGGCUCCACUGAAAACAUUCUCCGCAUAUGGGACCCGCGCACCUGCAUGCGUAGAAUGAAGCUGCGGGGUCACACGGAGAAUGUGCGAUGCCUCGUGGUUUCGCCGGAUGGCAAUCAGGUGGUGUCCGGAAGCUCCGAUGGAACUAUCAAGGUGUGGAACCUGGGCCAACAGCGAUGCGUCCAAACGAUUCACGUUCACAAGGAAGGAGUGUGGUCGCUGUUGAUGAGCGAAAACUUCCAGUACAUAAUCUCCGGUAGCAGAGAUCGAAACAUUAUUGUGACAGAAUUGCGUAAUCCCAGCAAUAAGAUGCUUGUUUGCGAAGAACAGGCGCCCGUGCUCAGUUUAGGGUACAACAUUGACAAGACGGGAGUGUGGGCCACCACCUGGAACUCGGACAUUCGUUGCUGGAAGUUGCCCAUGUACGAUACGUGCACGCUUAACUCCUCUGGUGGCAUGGACGCGCAGUGGACUCAAGGAGGAACGGAACUAGCCUGCAUUAAAGGGGGAGCCGCCAUCAAGGAGUGCACGGUGCUCAACGACAAACGGUAUAUCAUAACCAAGGAUUCCCAGGACCAGGUUGUGGUCUACGAUGUACUGAGGGUGGUGAAAAAAGAGCAAUUGGGAGCUGUUGACUACGAGGCGGAAGUAAAGAAGCGCAACAAGCAGGUUUAUAUUCCCAAUUGGUUCACUGUCGAUCUUAAAACCGGGAUGCCAACAAUAGUUUUGGGACAGGAGGAAGUAGAUUGCUUUGCGGCUUGGGUUUCUAUUGAAGCUGGCCUGCCGGAAUGCAUAGAUCCCACAACAGAGAUUAAGAUCAACUAUGGAAAAUUAUUACUGGAGGCCCUACUUGAGCACUGGACACCGCACAACAUGCCACCAAACGAUAUGGAUGCGGAUAUGCACGGAAAUGGAUACUUCCAAGUGCCUAAACACACCCCAGUUAUUUUUAGUGAAGUGGGUGGUCGCACCGUGUGUCGUCUUUUAGUCCGCGAUGCAGCUGGAGAUAGCGAAAGCACUUUACUCCAAGAGACUGCACCACAAUGGGUGACCGAUGUGGUGAUCGAAAAGAACAUACCCAAGUUCCUUAAAAUACCGUUCUUCCUGCAGCCUCAUCCACAAAUGACCAAGCCCGAGCGCACGAAGAAGGAUCGUUUAGUUGCCAACGAAUUUAUUCAGUGCCGAAAAGUCUGCGAGCAUGUUCUAGAGAAGGUGCUGAACGCAGAGACAACUCCAAGUGGUGGCAAUGCCAACAAUUCGCUGCAAAACAGUCAGAGCGAUGCCAACUCCGAGGGAUCUCAGCUCCCAGCAGAAGAACGUAUCGAGCUGUGGUGCAACGAUGUGGUUGUGGAUCCCAAUAUGGAUUUGCGCACAGUGCGCCACUUCAUUUGGAAGCAAUCAACAGAUCUUACGUUUCAAUACAAAACCAAGCAAAACUUCAACUACGAUGGUUCGAUCGGGGAUAGUUUGGAGCGCGUGACGCGCAAGUAUUGAACACUGGCAUGUGAUCUCCCGCCUAACGCUGCAGUUACCGAUGCAUUAAAAAAAAUAGAUUAAAAGAGAUUGUAGAGAUCGAUUAACCAUAUGUAUGUAUUUAUGCAAUGUAUUUGUGUUUAUCUUCGUCCUGUGGACCUAACAUUCAAGAAGAAUCUGUUCAAAAAAUGAUUUUAGAUGCACUUUUAGUGUGCUUCUGUGUUUGUUUUGUUUUCGUUAGGAAUUAUACAUAUAUGUACUUCAGAUUCAGACUUAUAAGAAUUAAGCUUGCAACAGACACGUAGAUAAACCUUUGAAUAACUGCAGACAUACCAUUUACAUGUAUUUGCAUCUAAAGCAUCUAGAUCUAGAAAAUUGCGCAUAUUUGUAUGUAAUAUUCACACUUGUUUCACAAUAGGAUUAUAUAUAAAAUAUAUACAUAGAACAUAAGUAUAAGUAAUCUGUUAAAGAUAAAAAAAAUCAAUGCAAUUGUAGAAGUCCAACCUGUAAAAGCUCUUCGAUAGCCAAUCUGUACAUAAGUAAUGAACAAAAAUCAAGAAACCAGGAUGAACAUCAAUUAAAGUUAUUAAAUUAUUUGGAAA